UUAUUACUAUGAAUAUUAUUUCUGUAGGGGGUUUAUUCCCAACAAUUGAAGCAAGUAAUAUGAAAUAGGAAUUCAGAUGGUUGUAAAGGAAAAUAACUGUUGCUGUAAAAUUCCAGGGAAAAAAGAUUCUUGACGUUCCAAACACGCAAUGGGAUGAUUACGCAUUGGUUUUUAGUCCGUGUAUUCAUUUCGUGAAGUUAGAACUUCUUGCUAGACCGAUUAUUAGUAAUAGUCUUUAACUGGUAAUGCAUGGUUGGUAUUAAAUUAAGAAGUGGAGACAGAGACCUGAUAUUGGUUGGUAUUCUAAUAGGUCAAAAUACCUUGUUACUAGUUACGUUCUUCAUUGAAGGAUGAAGUGAGAUUUUGCCAAUUUAAGGAAUGAUUUAGCAGUGAAAAAUGGGAAGUUUGUAGACCAAUAGAGAUAGCAGAAGAUAUCCCAAAUCUUCGAUAUAUUACAUUGUCCUCAGGGGUUACCUUUAUUUCAUCAUCCUUUCAUAUUGCAAUCCACGACUAGGUCCCCACUCUGAUCCCAAGCCUAGAAAAGAUAUCUGGCUCAUCAAAACCAAAUGUAGGUAUUAAUGGUGUGCAGGUCGUAUGAUUUGGCUAGUGAGGUUGGGACAACUUGGAUUUUUCUGCUUAUCCUAAGGUAGUUCUUGAAGUCAAAAAUCUACCAUUGGGAUAAAUGUGCAAAAGCUUAAUGGCACCCUAGAUACAUUUUGCUUCAUGGGUUUUACUCUUUCACAUUACUAUUUUGAUUUUGAUUAUACUGUAGAUGGUGGGUUGGCCAAGACUCCGUAACUGGCGACCCUUCGUUCCCAGUUCUAGACCUAUCACAAUUUCCGCUGGGUUUUCAUUGGCUGUAUGCUCUAAAUGGUCUGAAAUUCUAGCUGUGAGAGAACUUUGGGGAUUCUCAUGGUUCAUAGGGGAAGUUUUUGAGUUGACCAAAUUUUCAGAGGAAAGAAGAAUAACGCUAGAAUUUCCAGAUUCUCAAACAAUAUAAGAAAGGUCAUUUAAGAUCUUCCUUAUACGGUGAAAAAUUCACAUAAAAUGAGUUAAGAGUUUGGUAGCAUCUAGAAUUGAUGGAUUCCUGUUCUCUACCGAAUGAGACAAUGCAUUUAGAAUUAUCAAGCAGUCCAUCAUGCAUAAAUUUUUUUGAUUCAAAACCAGAUAAACCGUCUUGUUUAAAAUUUCUCAAUGUGGACGGGAAAAUAAUGGCCAGUUACUUAACUUUGGAAACAUGUAGUUGAAGUAGAUGGCUUCACAAACAUGGUAAAAAGCAGGAGCCGUGUCUGAAGAGUAAGAGGAAAACCAAAUUUCAUAUGGCUCAAAAGUUAAAAACUCCAAAAGAAGAGAUUAAGAGAAUUGAAUUUGAAUAUUUUUUCCAGCGUGGAGCAAAGGAAGUCCCAGAUUAUGUAGAAAAUGAACAGUUUCAAUCAGAUCAUAAAGAGUCCUAACAGAUGAAGGGCUUGCACAGAAAAAAGAAUUGCUCAAAGAAUUUCUAGAAAGUUACUAGAGCAGAAGCAAUUUCAUGAAGAUGAAACUGUGUUUUCCUAUAACGCAAAAUAGGUGGCGACAACACCAUUUUUCAAAAGAUGACAAAGGCUAAUAGAAAAUGUAGUAACAUCGACUAGCUAAAGCAAGUGAUGAAGGAUCUAGAAGAAAUUUAAAAAAGGUCAUAUUGAAUUGUUACCAAGACUUGUACAGGAGUCUCUGAGACCCUCUUUUAAGUAUGAGAUUCUGCGAGUCCCUAUUGAGGAAGAGAGGUAUAUGCUGCAAAUACUGAGGAGGAGGUAGCUAAAAUUGUUAACGGCUGUGAAGGAGUUAAUUAAGGUUACUUGAUGGUGUCAUCAUAGUCUCUUUCAAGAAUGUUGGGGGAUGAUUAGAGGAUGCGUUUAAUGCUCUCAGUCAAUUUCGUAUGUUUCUGUAUGGGAUGUAUAAAGGUGUUUCAACUUCCUUUAUUGCUUUGACACCAAAAAGGUGGUAUAGAACAAUUGAGAGAUUUCAGAUCAACUAACCUGAGAGCAGUGCAUACAUUUUUGAUAAGUUGAGAGCAGCAUAUAUAAAAUCAUUAGAAAGCUGCUAAUUACGGCCCGAAGACUGUUAUUAGCAAAUUGGUGUUUGACACUUGGAUGGCUUUUGUUAAAGGAAGCCAAAUCACAGAUGCUGUUUCAGUUGUCAACAAAUGCUUGGGAAGAAUGGAACAUGGCAAAAUUGGCUCCUCAUUAAACUGGAUGUUGAAAAAGCUUUUAUCCAUAUGCUAUAUGUGUGCCAGGGAAAAUGGAACACACAACCCAACUAAACUCAAGCCAGCUAAACCUUGGGAUUGGAGGAUCUCUAGUCAUGGCAAAGUCCUGCUGCUGCCAAUAAUGCACCUGAUGAUAUUAUGGGCUCUUGUCGUUUUUCAAUAUGCCUCUUGAAACAAAUUGGUUUUACAAUGAGACUUUCGUGAAGUGAAUAAUGUUGUGUUCUCUGAGCAUAUGUCGGAAGUGUCUUGUUAAAUCAGUCAGAGACUCGGAUGCUGCUUUCUUUUCUUGACUGUGUUUAUGGUUCUAGCACUAAAUGUUUACCAUUUGGAAAUUUCAAUAAAGUUGGCUAUCAAAUUUUAAUGAGCCUGCAACGCUGUUUAGGUUGUCUGGUUUGCACUUGACGACAUAUUCGAACGUCUUAUGUCAAUGUGCAUUGACAUCGAAAGAUGUAAAUGAAAUUUUGGCUUCGCCAA